AUGAUUUUAACAACUUUUGUCAUUAUAUUAUCCUUCCCGGAUUCGGUGUUCACCUUGAAGGGUGACAGCAACUCAGCCUCCCGUCCCGCCCGUCUGGACUGCGUAAAGGCCAGUGAACAAUGUCUGAAAGAGUACAGCUGCAGCACCAAGUACCGCACGAUGAGGCAGUGCGUGGCGGGAAGGGAGAGCAACUUCAGCUCGGUCACCGGUCCCGAGGCUCAGGGCGAGUGUCGCAACGCUAUAGAAGCCAUGAAGCAGAGCACCCUGUAUAACUGCAGGUGUAGAAGAGGCAUGAAGAAGGAGAAGAACUGUCUCCGGAUCUUUUGGAGCAUAUAUCAGAGUUUACAGGGUAAUGAUUUACUGGAAUAUUCUCCGUAUGAACCAGUCAAUAGUCGGCUCUCGGAUAUCUUCCGUCUGGCCCCCAUCAUAGCUGUUGAACCUGCAUCCACAAAGGAGAACAACUGUCUGAACGCUGCCAAGGCCUGUAACCUGAAUGACACAUGUAAGAAAUACCGCUCGUCUUACAUCAACCCCUGUACUAGCAGGGUGUCUGCUUCUGAGGUCUGCAACAAGCGCAAAUGCCACAAAGCCCUACGACAGUUCUUUGACAAGGUUCCAACUAAAUACAGCUAUGGGAUGCUCUUUUGCUCCUGUCCAGCUGGGGAUCAGACAGCAUGUGCAGAGCGGCGAAGACAAACCAUUGUACCUGUCUGCUCCUACGAGGAUAAAGACAAACCUAAUUGUCUGUCGCUUCAGAGCACAUGCAAGACUAACUACAUCUGCAGGUCAAGGCUGGCAGACUUUAUUAGUAACUGUCAGCCAGAGGCUCGCUCCAUAUCAGGCUGUCUGAGGGAGAACUAUGCUGACUGUCUGCUUUCUUAUUCAGGUCUUAUUGGUACAGUGAUGACACCCAAUUACGUGCGAUCUCUUGGAAUUAGCCUGUCACCGUGGUGUGACUGCAGCAGCAGCGGGAACAGCAAGACAGACUGUGAUAAAUUUGCUGAGUUUUUCACCGGCAAUCGAUGCCUACGUAACGCUAUCCAGGCAUUUGGUAAUGGUACUGAUGUUGGAGUUUGGCAACCCCAACCCCCAAUUCAGCCUACUGUACUCCAACCUGGCAUCACUCGGAGAGGGAAAGAGCGAACCAACAAUGCACUGGAUGCACUGACAGACAUGAACAAACUGGAUCUUGAUAGUGACUCACUUUAUCACAUCUGUGGGACCUUACAGGCCCAAAAGCUGCUGUCAAACCUAACUGUGGAUACGGCUCAGUGUGUGAAUCAUCAACUGGAUGAGUCCGGUAACUCAAACGCCAUUGCUAGAAGCUCCCCAGCUGACCUCACCUGCUUACACCUCUCCAGUAUGCUGCUUGCAUUGGCCUUUGCCUUUUCACCAACAGUAUUACCGCUUGAAGGUUUCCAGCUUUUGUAG